CACGUGAGCGAGAUCCGCGUUCACGUGUUCGGCGUCCAACAGUCGCAGCUUGAGGGAAGAAGAAGGAGCUCAGGUUGUCGGUGCAAAAUCCACCUGAAAGCGGAUAUAUUAACCUGACAGCAAGAAGAUGUGGAAGUCAGCCGUGGGCCACGAUGUGAGCAUGAAGGUGGCUGCUGAGGGGGACGACUGGGAGACGGACCCCGACUUUGAGAACGACGUGUCGGAGCAGGAGCAGAGGUGGGGAGCAAAAACAAUCGAGGGCUCGGGGCGAAAGGAGCACAUCAGCAUCGCGGAGCUCAGAGACAAAGUGACCGUGGAGCACGAGCAGGUCAAGCAGAAGGAUCACACUCCCAAAGCCUCGUACGGGUACGGGGGAAAGUUCGGAGUGGAAAAAGACCGGAUGGACAAGGUGGCCCUGGGGAACGACUACGUGGCGCAGGUCGAGCAGCACUCCUCCCAGAAGGACGCCGCGCGGGGCUUCGGCGGGAAAUUUGGUGUGCAGAAAGACCGAGUGGACAAGUCAGCCGUGGGCUUUGAAUACAAAGGAGAGGUGCAGCAACAUGCGUCUCAGAAAGAUCACUCGAAGGGGUUUGGAGGGAAGUACGGUGUGGAUACAGGAAAAGUGGACAAGGCGGCUUUGGGGUACGACUACAAAGCAGAGACAGAGAAGCACCAGUCGCAGAAAGAUUAUUCAAAGGGGUUUGGAGGGAAGUACGGUGUGGAGAAAGAGAAAGUGGACAAGGCGGCUUUGGGGUACGACUACAAGGGAGAGACAGAGAAGCACCAGUCGCAGAAAGAUUACUCAAAGGGAUUUGGAGGGAAGUUUGGCGUCGAAAAGGACAACGUGGACAAAGCUGCUCUGGGCUACGAUUAUAAGAGCGAGACGGAGAAGCACCAGUCACAGAAAGAUUAUUCCGCAGGUUUUGGGGGUCGCUAUGGAGUCCAGGCGGACCGCAUGGACAAGAGCGCGGUUGGCUUCUCCGACAUGGACUCCCCUACCUCUGCGUACGAAAAGACACAAGCAGUAGAGGCCUCGAGUGCAGGCGCGGGAAACCUGAAGGCGCGUUUCGAGAACAUGGCCAAAGCUUCGGACGACGAGAACAAGAAGAAGGCGGAGGGGGAGCGAGCGAGGAGACAGGCCAGAGAGAGCAGAGAGCGAGAGGUGGCGGCACGCAGGCAAGAGGAGGAGAGCAGGAGAGAGGAGGAACGUCUGCCGCCGUCUUUUCCAGAUGAGGCCGAAGACGAGGCCCCGGAUGUGGAGAAUGAAACGCCGCCGCCUGAAAUCCACCACCACAUGCCAGAGAUCCAGGAAAUACCGGAGCCAGACGAUGAACCGGAUUACGACGAGCCCCCCGCUCUGCCGCCGCGCUCGGAUUCCCCCCCGCUGCUCGACGCUCCGGCACCUGUGGAGGAGGACGAAGAGGAGGACGAAGAGGAGCGCGACGACCCGCCUCCUCUGCCGCCGGCUUGCGACAACGACUACGAAGACCUGUCGGCCGGCAUGCAGGCCGUCGCAAUUUACGACUAUCAAGGAGAGGCAGACGAUGAGAUCUCCUUCAACCCGGAUGACGUCAUCACCCACAUAGAGAUGAUCGACGAGGGCUGGUGGAAGGGACAGUGUCACGGACGCGUCGGCCUUUUCCCGUCUGCUUACGUUCAGCUGAGGCAGUGAGCGACGAGCUUCACUUGAGCGCUCGCGUUUCUCUGGUUGUUCAGCAGAGGAAAUUCAUUUUAGCGCUGUAUUUAUAGAAUCAAUGACAAAAAAAAGAGGUUGUGUAAUAUCUCACAGGACCAUAUUGAAAAGAAAAGGAGUUAAAUCUGUAUUGAAUUUAAUCUUCUAGUAGGAAACUGCUCUGUAUUGUCAACGUGUCAGUGUCAACCUUCAGGGAUAUUUACUGAAAACGUAUUUUAAUCGUUAUUCUGCUUUCCAAAAUUAUUAUUCAAUAAGAAAAAAUGUUAAUAAAGUUGUUUAUCUUCAA